AUUGUCAGCAAUGUGGAUUUUGGGAAAGUAAAAACUGUUGCUGGCUCAUGCACCUGGCAGAUAUAUUGAACUCAGAGUGUGAUCACUGGAAAGCAAUGCUUGCUAAAAAUACAGUAAGCUUUCCUCACUUCCCGAGCCUGCUGAAACAUUUAGCGUGGAAGCAAGCUCAUGCCCUAGCCAUUUUCCUGAAAACAAGACACUGUGCUGCUAAGUGUCCUCUUCGUCUGGCCGAAGCCGAUGGCACUCCUCGUUCCUAACUGGUAGUAAUGUGGUUUGUGGUGCCGUAACGGUUCUGUGGCUUGUUGUAGAUGCGAACCGGGAAAUCCGCCUGUCCUUGUCUCUAAUGCAAUGCAAUGGUGAUAUGUUGGCAGCAUGGCCGAGGCUCCUGCCGUGUUUCGAGGUAUGGGUUUCUUCGAUCCGAGGAUUUCCUCGAUUUUUGCGUAGCUGUGCACGCACGAGCUAUCGUCCGAAGAUCGAAAAAAAAACAUAGACGGGAACUUACAGGUGAUUCAAGAGCGCCAGGGCCACUCCAUUCCAUUAGCCGAAUAGAAUCUUCCAACUACAAGAAGGGAAUCAUUGACAAACCAGGCAAGACAAAGCAAGGACUCAGAUAAAAGUUCUCUUUUGCGUACCUCGAGAGAGGGCUAUUUGCUUGCUGGCUGGAAUGACGAGUAUCACAGCUCGAUUUGUGGGAGCUCCUCAUCGUCUCCGACUGGCUACGAGAUCUUGUUCCACUUCUCGCAAGAUAACUUUCCACACAGUUGCGAGCUCCUUCACAUCUGGAAAGAAACUGGACGGCAGAGUUGCUAUAAUCACUGGAGGAGCCAGUGGUAUAGGAGCUACAACUGCAAAGCUCUUUGCUUCUCAGGGUGCCAAAGUCGUAGUUGCGGACAUCCAGGACGAGAAAGGGAGCGCUCUCGUCAAGGAUCUUGGUCCAAACAGCCGAUACUUCCACUGUGAUGUUAGCUGCGAGGACCAAGUAUCGGCUUGCGUCGAGUUUGCCACUUCCACCUACGGGAAAACAUUGGAUAUAAUGUUUAACAAUGCUGGAGUAGUAGACGCAGGCAAACCUGAGCAAGCGUUCCUCCGGAUCACUGAUAUCGAUGCCUCGAGUUUCGAUCACGUUUGCAGUGUCAACGUCAAAGGAACACUUUUCGGUGUCAAGCACGCUGCGAAAGCCAUGAUCUCCAGCACGGACUCCAUGCGCUGCAUUCUAAACAUGUGUAGCAUAUCAGCAGUGGUAGCACAGAGAACUUACCACAGCUAUACCAUCAGCAAGCACGCGAUUAUUGGUAUCACCAAGACCGCAGCCAGCGAACUUGGACGCCACGGAAUCCGGGCGAACUGCAUAUCACCAGUGGGGAUCAUUACUCCGCUUCUGGCAGAACUGCUCCAAAAAUUACAACCGACACUUACCUCGGAACAGAUUCAAGAGGCAUAUGUUUGCAACUCAGAGCUUGCAGGAACCAAGCUAGAAGUGGAGGACGUUGCGAAUGCGGCGCUGUUCCUGUGCAGUCAAGACGCUAAGUACAUAAGUGGACACAACCUGGUGCUCGAUGGAGGUCUUAGCGCGUCGAGGCCUUUCGAUCCCUUUAGAAAUCCAUACGAGUGAGCUGAAAAGUAAGAGGUUUAGUCGCAAAUGAAAGAACUUCUCAUAAAAAAUUCACGAGUUUCUUUAAGCAAUGAAAUCAGUCUGAAGACCACUUCACACUCUGCCUUA